CUGACAGUUGCAGUGAAGGUGUCCUUUGUGGUUUUGUCCUUCAGUUUCUGAGUGUUGAACUUGCAUUGUGGCCUAUCUCCAGCUAUCCUCAAGGCUUUUAGAUUCACCUUGGAAAUCCCUUGUACUAGAUAGUGGUCUGAACCCACAUCUGCUCCUUUCCUUGACCUUGUGUCUAGUAGGCUCCGUCUCCACUUUCUUGAAAUUGAGAUGAAGUCUAUUUGGUUCUUGGUGUUUCCAUCUGGUGAAAUCCAUAUCGCCUUGUGUAUAUCCUUGUGUUUGAACACACUGCCACCAAUCACCAAAUCAUUGAAGGCGCAGAGGUCUGAGGAGAGUUCACCGUUGUCGUUCAUUUCGCCGAGGGCCUCACGACCCAUGGCGAGUUCUCUUCCUGUGUUGUUUCGUCCCAGCUUCGCAUUCAUAUCACCCAUCAGGAUUUUGAUAUUGCCAUUUGGAACGUUGUCCAUUACUGUUUGUAGUUGUCUGUAGAAAACCUUCUUCUCUUGUUCUGAGACGUUUGUAGGCGCACAGCAUUAAAUGAUUGUAACCUUCCUUCCUUUUGAGUCGAACCUGGCUGUCAUUAUCCUGGAGGAGAUUGGUUCCCACUGCAUGAGAGCUUUGGUUGCUGUUGGUGACAUCAUGAUGGCCACUCCCUCUGUGUGCUCAUGGUUGUCCUCUAGGUGACCGGAAUAGAUUAUUGUCUCUCCAGUUGGUAGUUGGCACCUUCCACAUCCGUUCCAUCUGCUCUCGCAGAUUCCCAACACUUCUAUUCUGUACCUUCUCAUUUCAGCGGCUAUCUGGGCAGCCUUUACAGUUUCGUACAUUGUACGAACAUUCCAGGUACCCAUCCUUACUUUUGCUUUCAUCGAAAGAAGGCACAUCGGCUGACUGGCUUCGCGAAGGCUUUCACCAGCCUGUGUCAUUUCGCUUCCCCGAUUCCAGGAAAACAUAAGGUUAUUGUUUAUAUUUUUAGUAUUUUUAAUAUAUUUGUGCGUUGAAGUUUCUGUAGCGAUUUGGUUAAGUUUUGGGGGUGGAGUUACUAGCACCAUGCCCCAACCGUCCCUCUUUAUCCGGGCUUGGAACUGGCUAGAAAAUUAGCGAGCUAGUAGUCUAGGUGAGGUUAUGUAUAUCAUUAGCCACCGAAAACUCUUUGGAUUCUUAUUUCGGAAAUUUUCACUGAGUUCUGUAAUAUUUUUAACUCACCUAGAAGUUGUAGAAGUGAACACUGUCUCUUCUCAGAUUUUCGCUCGAAAUAUUUUUCUGCUCGUUAGUGUUUUGUUUUCCAAACUUGUGCAUGUAUGUAACUGUCGUCAUUAGUGGUGUUAACUUAGGUUACGUGCAGUUCAUUUCAGGAGAUUUGUGUGCACACUGAGAUUCACAGACGCCCUGAGCGAACCAAAAUAUGCAAGCGAUUCACAGAAAACAAGAAUUUAUGUGCUAUCUGUGAACAGAUUUUAGUCUUUGUUGGAUUAGUUUUUAAACUUCAGUCUAUGGUUUUCUGCAUGCUUUCUGUUGAAGAGAUAUUUUAUAUAUAUAGCAAAGCAACAGUAUAUCAGUUUAUAAAGAAUUUUAUCUUUCAUAUUCUAUCUAUUUCCUACACUAUGCGAAUCAACGUUUCCUGAAUUUUUGUUUUAUCUUUUGAGAACUGAUUACCGUUACAUAUUUAUUGCACGAGGAUAAAAAACAUGCCAAAAGUUUUUCGACCUUCCAUAAAACAAGUGAAAAGUCAAGUAAAAACAAAUGAACAGGAAACCCAAAAAAAUGACAGUAAGGAGGUAGUUGAUGCACCACCAGUUACCGAACCACCAUCCUGCACAGUUCCAAGUGAACCAAUUAACAGUCCCCAUUUAGUUUCAGAAUGCGUUUCAGAAAAUCCAGAAACAGAAGACCAAAGGCCAACUGAUCUUGAUUCAGAAGUCUCCGUUAGUGGUGAGAAGUCUCAGCCAUCCGGAGAAUUAGUGAACUUGUUUGUAACUAAAAAGCCCCGAAGGGUUAAGACAAAGAUAACAGAAGCAAUUCCUCCUGUAGAUCAACCACUUGAUCGGUCUUCUGUCACUCUUCGUUCGUUACUGCAUUGGGUUCCCAUUAAUAAACCACCUCCAACUUAUCGACAAGACCGUCUGGACUCUACUACUUGUUCAGUUAAUGGCGAUGCAGAAGCCUCUAAUAAAACGCAAGAAGAAAAUUUUGCUAACAUUGAAGUUAAAGAAACAUCCCCGAAAAUUGCACCCAGUGACGCUUAUUUAGAUCCGUUAGCACCACAGUUACGCAUUGAUGCCAAUGGAAAUAUAGUUUUGGAUGAAACCAGUUUAUUGAUUAAAAAGAGUGAAAAUCUUGAUAUGAAGAACUUGCGUCACAUUAAUGAGGAGACAGGUGUACUUAACGUCAACUAUAACAGCUUCCGACCUCCUCGUGAUUGCCAUGCGAAAAGGUGGACGGAACGAGAGACUACACGGUUUUAUAGAGCUUUAAGUACUAUUGGAACUGAUUUUUAUGUUAUGGAGAAAAUGUUCCCACGUCGUAAAAGAUCCGAACUAGUGAAUAAAUUUAAACGAGAAGAGAAACGGAAUCCUUACCUUGUCAACCAAGCAUUACGUAACCGACGAACUUAUGAUCUAAUUAACUUGCUACCUUCAAGUGAUGAAGAGAAUGAUGAGAAAUCCGAGAAACCUUCAAAGAAUAGCAAGAGGAAAAAUAAAUGUGGUCAAGACUCAACUACCUGCAGUGAUCAGUCAUCUGAAAAAUGUCCUAAUGAAUCGGGUAAAUCUAAGUCUAAAAGAAGGAAAAGUAGUGUACUCUGUCCAGAUCCUUAUUUCGAAGAUCGUUUAUCGGAUACAAUCGACUUCGUUUUAUCUCAAUAUGCCAAUUCCAACUCGUCUAACCAUGAAUCUGAUUCAACUGAACAAAUUACAGAUGAACAACAAAAUAUUAAGAAAAUUACUCAUCGAUAUGGACUUAGACGUUCAUCACGUAAUAUACCAACUUUAGAAAAAAUGAUCUCAGCUAAAGAAGCCGAAUUAGCUGCUUCUAGAGAAAAUAAAGAUAAAUGUGAUUUGGAUUUACCUCUUCAGUCUUCACCUACAGACAAGCACUUGUCAAGUUGUCCAAAGACAGUAGUUCCUAAACAUCCUAAAUCUUAUUUCCCACCAAAAGUUAAUCUUUUCAAUUUCAAGGAUAGUAUUUUAGGGGAAUCAUAAUAACAAUGUAACUUUUCUAAUGUACUGUAUAUAAAAUGUCUUUACAUAAAUGUUCAUAUUUUAAUUGCCUUUAAAUAAAGCAUUUUUACUUCAC